AUGAUGCUGUUGGUCUUCUCCUGGUUCAUACUACUUUUCUUCAAUUCAUAUGCUAGGGCAAAGCUUGACGACUGCCCUAAACAGAAUAUUAGCCGCAGAGAUUGUACUACAGAGCGGACAGAGGCCAUGCUGUGUGGUCACCACCCUGUGCUAGUGAGUUAUGCGUAUAAAGGCAGUCUGACCCUUCGAUGUUUUAGCUGUCCUGAGGACGGUACGAGUAAUUUUACUUGGAUGAAAGUUGAAAGAAAUGACAGACCCAUCUUCACUAUGGUCUAUGGAAUCAACUCCUCCCUGCAUGUCGAUCUACUGUCCCCCAAGGGGAAAGAAUACACCGCUGAGAAUUCGGAUCCCAAGCCCUGCUUAAACCCAGAGGAUAAAAGCCUGCGUAUCAAAGAAUUUAAUUCAAAAAACUACCUCGGCACCUAUUACUGUAAAGGUGGUGAUUCAUAUCAGUUUGAACUCAGGAUCUGGUAUCAUCUGGACGUGAUCAUGCCUCUGGACGAGGUGGAGUUCUCGCAAAAGAUCAGUAGUCUACCGGAGGAAUUAAUGAAACCCCAACGCAUAGACUCUGCCAGUCAGAUUGAGCAAAUAAUGGAGAAGUUAGGUGCUGUGCUAAUGGACUCUGGCGCCUUUGGCAAUGUGCAGAACGAGGUGAUGUCCAUCACAUCAAGACUGACACCGAUUCCGAAACCAAAUCAACCCUGUGGCUCCUUUAAUCUUACUCGCUAUCGCCGCUGUUUCCUGGUCAUCCCAGCCCGUAUGGAUCGAAACAGUCUGGAGCGACUGCCAGACGAUGUACGAAUAAAUUACGAGCUAGUCAGGCGCGCUUUCGGCUUCGUCCAUGACUGGCGGGACAUAGCGAACCCAGUGCAGAGGGAGACUGAACGGCAGAAUGCUGCAGCCAGGGCCGAAGAAUUGGGCUUUCAAAUGCAACUAAACGAAACCCACAUUUUUAUACCGUGUCACUACACUUAUCUGCGGCAUUUCAAGCUCACACCCGGUGUUCCAAAGCCCUAUGCCCUCAAGAAUCUCUACGCUAGUGUUGAAUUUGAGUUGCCAUGCCCUGAACUAGAUCCCCUGGAGAUCAUAAACAUGGCCCUAGCUGGAGACAUUCAAACUAUGAAGAGCGAAAUUCUUGGCUUUGAGGACAUUCGUUACAUGAAGACGGAGAAGGUCGUGGUGGAGAAUACCGCGCACUACGAGCUGCUGUGUGGCGGUGAGUUCGAGGAGACGACAUUCAAGUGCGUGUGCAUGCAGACGGCUGAAAUUAUGUGGAAAUAUGAAGCUAGUAAUCUGACCUUUAUGUUGCAGACCUUCAUAGGUGAACGGGUUUUCCUCACAGAAACCUGUGCCCUGCACUUUAGAAGCGUGCAGGUGAGUGAUGAGGGUGUCUACAACUGCUACAGGCGGGACCUUCGCCUAAAACACCAGUGGCAGAAUCGGGCAUUUAUUGCCUUUCGAUUGAAGGUAGAGAAGCUGAGAUAUAAAUUCCCCUCGAAGAUGGAUGUACUCGUUGGCCUCACCGUGAUUGGCUGUUGGGCGGGAAUACUAGUCGUUGUCUGGAGCAUUGUCACCCUGUGGAGUUUUGAGGCGCACAAGUAUGCGAUGAUGCAGGCAGCUGAGCGCAGGAGGAAGUUUGAUAAAAUCGCUCGAGAGAGGACUGCCUCUCUGCCAAACGGUCUUCAAUUGGCGGAAGAGGACGGUGGAUAG